CAGGGACCUGCUUGGCCAGAGACAGAUUCCUUGCUGCCCUAUCUGCCGGUUCUUGAGGUGAAUGUCGGAAUCCAUCAUCCGUUGGGAAGACUCUGUGGGGCAGGGGGCUCCCUGAAGAGCUGGAAUUUAGAGGGAAUCUCUCAGACACAAACCUUCAUCUCCUCCCUGCCUCAGCUGGGCAGCCUUUUCAGACUGUCUCUGCCCAGAAUGUCAGGAGAGGCCACAGCCCUGGCCUACCAUGCUCCGGAAGAACAAGAAGGACUUCUAAUUGUGAAGGUUGAAGAAGAGAAUUAUGUUUGGGGGCAGGACUGUGGCCUUCAGGGAAACCCCCGGAGCCAGGAGGUAUUGCGUCAGCGCUUCAGGCAGUUUGGUUACUCCGACUCCACUGGCCCCCGGGAGGCUCUGAGCCGGCUCUGGGAGCUGUGUUGUCAGUGGCUGCGGCCGGAGGUGCACUCCAAGGAGCAGAUCCUGGAGUUGCUGGUGCUGGAGCAGUUCCUGGCCAUUCUGCCCGAGGAGUUGCAGGCCUGGGUGCGAGAGCAUCGGCCAGAGAAUGGAGAGGAAGCCGUGACUAUGCUGGAGGAGCUGGAGAAGGAACUUGACGAGCCAAGGCAACAGGACACAGCUCAUGGCCAAGAAAUGAUCUGGAAGGAAAUGACAUCCAUGGGAGCCCUGAAGUCUCUGAAUAGCCCGCUGCAGCCCUUGGAGAACCAGUGCAAGAGUGAGGCUCAGCAGUCCCAGGCUUUCCAGGAGAGAGAUGGCAAGAUGGUGGCUGACAGCGUGUUGACAGCAAAGCAAGAAAUUAUUGAAUGUGCAGCCUCAGCAGCUGUGAUAUCCUCAGGAGGACUUCCUGGGGAAAUGCCUUCAGAACAGAUAGUUGAAGAAGCUUCGGGAGGUCUAGGCAACUCUGAGAAGCAAGAGGGAAAUGCUGCAAGGAACAAAAUGAGUCUGCUUCCUGCCCAGGAAAGACGUUUCAGUCUGGCAACCUUCAACAAGAAAAUCCCCACGGAAAAGAGUGUCCUUGAAUGUAAUGAAAGUGAAGGAAGUCUCGGUCUGAAAUCAAACGAUAUUAUACAACAGAGAGUUCACACCGGGGAGAGGCUCUAUGAGUGCUUUGACUGUGGGAAGGCCUUUUGCCAGAGCUCAAAGCUGAUUAGACAUCAAAGAAUUCAUACUGGAGAGAGACCUUAUGCAUGUAAAGAAUGUGGCAAAGCCUUCAGUUUGAGCUCAGACCUUGUUAGACAUCAGAGAAUUCAUAGUGGUGAAAAACCCUAUGAAUGUUGUGAAUGUGGGAAAGCCUUCAGGGGCAGCUCAGAGCUCAUCAGGCAUCGGAGAAUCCACACUGGAGAGAAGCCUUAUGAAUGUGGUGAAUGUGGGAAAGCCUUCAGCCGCAGCUCAGCCCUUAUUCAGCAUACAAAAAUUCACACUGGAGAUAAAAGCUACGAAUGUAUUGAGUGUGGUAAGGCUUUUGGUAGGAGCUCUAUCCUUAUUGAACAUCAAAGAAUUCACACUGGAGAGAAACCUUAUGAAUGUAGUGAAUGUGGAAAAUCCUUCAAUCAGAGCUCAGCUCUCACCCAGCACCAGAGAAUUCACACUGGGGAGAAACCUUAUGAAUGUAGUGAAUGUAGGAAAACAUUUAGGCAUAGGUCAGGCCUUAUGCAGCAUCAGCGAACACACACCAGGGUUUAACUGUGGGUAAGAGCCAUCAAUUUUGAAAUGCAAGGAAUUCACUGUGGGGGUGAGACUGCACAGAUAGAAGUUUUCUGAGAGCAGGGUUUCUGUCCUUCCAGCCCAGUUCAGUACUGUAAGAGGAGAUCCACACAAAGAUGUUUGUUAUGAUUAUCAAAGUAUUGAAUGGAAGUAAAAUUUUACCCAGGUCUUCUCCAAAAAGAGUGGUAGAUACUUCCUAGAAAUGCCUAACACAUUCUGGAUGAGGAUGCUCAUCAAUACCCCCUUCACUCCACUCUCUACCAACCCAGACAUAACUGCCAUUGGGCACCUUCACAGUAAGUCCAGGAUUGGUCUGAAAGAGCUUCUUAUAAGAUGGCAAGGACCGCUGCCCAGCAACAGAUUUUGUGCAUUUGGCAAAUGGAGGCACAUGCUGAGUUAUUCAGCUGUCUGAAAUGUUGAAUUAAGAGGUCGUGAAAUGAGUUACACUAUUAGUUUAAUAGCAUUGGAGGCAGUUUAAUAUUAAUAGUAUCUGAGGAAUGGUGGCUCAUUCUGCACCUCUGCCAAUUCUCAGCCCUGAGCUUCUUGCUGAGGUCAAUUCA